CAGAAUGGAGGUCAGGUUCUGCAAAUUUGUGUAUGUAUUUUCAGGUUUUUAUGGUGAAUCUCAUACGAAGUUUAGCCAUUACAAUGUCUUUAUGAAACCAGUUUGUAUCAUGUUCUAGUUGGAUAAGGUUUCGAAGCAAGGUUUCAGGUUUAUUUUAUAUAUUCAAACGUUCAUAUGUGCUAGAAAUUAGAGUUUAGAUAAUAAGCUCUGUAAUGGUAAUGUUUUAUGUUCUCUAGGAAUAGGAGCCAUAAGAUCACCUUGUGCCAAAAUUAAGUAGUAGUGUUCUGCCUACUGAAUCAAAGUCAAACCAUUUUUGCUUUCCUUGUUAGAGCAGAACACAAAUGCAAAUUUCUAUCAGGUAUAAGUAAAACCACCCAAUGGAAUAACAAUCUUGGUAGUCAUGGAAGGUUAAUAGUUGACACUUCUUAGAGUGACUUGGUUCUGUGUUGCAGCUCUACAUUGGUUAAGAAGACUGCUAUGUGGAGCUCUUAAACAAAUAGCACCUUCUGGUUUCCUGACACUCCAGGAUGCAAAAUUUAGGCAUCACUGUGCAGUUGAACUAGUAAAGCGAAUUUGCUUAGAACUUUCACGUUCGCAUAUGUCUUGGCGUUUGAACUAUGUUUUGAAUUCAAAUAUCCUGUACAUGGCCACUCGUAAUGGGAUAUCAGAAAUCAUUGGUACACUGCUCGAUUUUUUCCCUGAUCUAAUAUGGGCUCGGCUCAGCAACAACCAGUUUUUGUUACUUCCUUUUGCUAUUGAGCUUCGACAUGAAAAUGUUUUCCGUCUUGUGUGUGAUCACACUGCACGCAGUAAAUUAAUGGCAUCUACAUUACUUGAUUCUGGCAUCAGCAUCUUGCAUCUGGCAGCAAAGUUGGCACCUCUAGCCCAACUCAAUUCCGUAUGCGGUGCAGCUCUACAGAUGCAAAGAGAAUUGCAGUGGUUCAAGGUGGUGGAGACUCUUGUUCAUCCUUAUUAUAAGCAGAGUAAGAACGAAGCUAAUCAGACUGCUAAAGAACUAUUCACCAAGGAACACGAAAACUUGGCCGAGAAAGGAGAGAAAUGGCUGAAGGAUACUUCGAAUUCUUGCAUGGUUGUUGCAACUCUCAUUGCUACGGUUGUUGUUGCUGCUGCCUUUACAGUUCCCGGAGGUAACGACGAGGCUGAUGGAAAUCCAAAUUUCUUGAUGAAGAAGCCAUUCAUAUUCAUGGUGUUCUUGAUUUCAGAUGCAGUAGCUCUAUUUUCUUCUCUAACUUCUCUAUUGAUGUUCUUAUCCAUCCUAACUGCUCGGUUUGCUGAAGAGGAUUUCAUUGACUCAUUGCCAAAAAGGUUGAUCAUAGGUUUGGCUUCUCUCUUCUUUGCUAUAGCUGCCACAAUAGUGGCCUUCGGUGCAACAAUUUCGAUUGUGCUCAGCAAGAGGUUCAGUUGGGUUUCUAUUCCGAUCACCUUGCUUGCCUCUUUUCCGGUGACUCUAUUUGCCAUGCUGCAGCUUCCCUUGUUCAUUCAAAUGGUCCGAUCAACAUUUGGAAACAGCAUCUUUCGUCAAAAUUAA